CACGCGCCCCGGCGGCUGUCACCGGAAGUACGUAGUUCAGAUUUCCUCUCUUGCCCCGUGCGUGGUCUGCUGUUGCAGCGAGGCUUAUUAGCUGAAAAAUAAACUGAAAUAAAGGGAAUAAACGUAGUAUCCUACCAGAUGGAAGAAGAGGAGUAUGACCCUUAUACCCACCCAAGUGACUAUGACUACCACACGGGUGACCCUAAAGCUGAUCUGGCUUUUGAACGCCAGUAUGAGCACCAGCAGACCUACCACGUGAUCCCUGAGGUCAUCAAGAACUUCCUGCAGUAUUUUCAUAAAACCAUCUCUGAUCUGAUCGACCAGAAGGUUUACGAGCUGCAGUCCAACCGCGUGUCCAGCGAGAGCAUCGAGCAGAAGAUCUACGAGAUCCAGGAUGUUUAUGAGAACAGCUGGAACAAGCUUACAGAACGCUUUUUCAAGACGUCUCCAUGGCCAGAGGCAGAAGCCAUUGCUUCCCUUGUUGGAAAUGAUGCUGUUUUCCUGAUCCUCUAUAAGGAGCUGUACUAUAGACACAUCUAUGCUAAAGUCAGCGGAGGUCCAACUCUGGACCAGAGGUUUGAAUCCUACUACAAUUACUGCAACCUUUUCAACUAUAUCCUCAAUGCUGAUGGACCAGCACCAUUGGAGCUUCCUAACCAGUGGCUGUGGGACAUUAUUGAUGAGUUUAUUUACCAGUUCCAGUCAUUUAGUCAGUAUCGCUGCAAAACAGCCAAGAAAUCUGAGGAGGAGAUUGAGUUCCUGAGGAACAAUCCCAAGAUCUGGAACGUUCACAGCGUGCUGAACGUUCUCCACUCUCUUGUGGAUAAGAGCAACAUCAACAAGCAGCUGGAGGUGUACACCAGCGGAGGUGAUCCUGAGUCUGUCGCUGGGGAAUAUGGCCGUCACUCUUUAUACAAGAUGUUGGGUUAUUUCAGUCUGGUGGGCUUGCUGAGGCUUCACUCUCUGUUGGGUGAUUACUAUCAGGCCAUCAAGGUCUUGGAGAACAUUGAACUUAACAAGAAGAGCAUGUACUCAAGAGUGCCUGAGUGUCAGAUCACCACCUACUACUACGUGGGUUUUGCGUAUCUGAUGAUGAGACGCUAUCAGGACGCCAUCCGUGUCUUCGCCAACAUCCUUCUCUACAUCCAGAGGACCAAAAACAUGUUCCAGAGAUCCACCUACAAAUAUGAGAUGAUCAAUAAACAGAACGAGCAGAUGCACGGGCUGCUGGCAAUUGCUCUUACCAUGUACCCCAUGCGCAUCGACGAGAGCAUCCACACGCAACUCAGAGAGAAAUACGGAGACAAGAUGCUGCGCAUGCAGAAAGGAGAUAUUCAGGUGUUUGAAGAGUUGUUCAGUUUCGCCUGCCCCAAGUUCCUGUCCCCUGUUGUUCCAAACUAUGACAACGUUCAUCCAAACUACCACAAAGAGCCAUUCCAGCAGCAGCUGAAGGUGUUUGCUGAAGAGGUUCAGCAGCAGGCACAGCUCUCCACCAUCCGCAGUUUCCUGAAGCUCUACACCACCAUGCCUGUGGCCAAGCUGGCCGGAUUCCUGGACAUGACGGAGCAAGAGUUCCGUAUUCAGCUGCUGGUCUUUAAACACAAGAUGAAGAACCUGGUGUGGACCAGCGGCGUCUCUGCUCUGGAUGGAGAGUUUCAGUCUGCCUCGGAGGUUGACUUUUACAUCGACAAGGAUAUGAUCCAUAUCGCAGACACCAAGGUUGCCCGUCGUUAUGGAGAUUUCUUUAUCCGACAGAUCCACAAAUUUGAGGAGCUCAACCGGACUCUGAAGAAAAUGCCUCUGACUGGAGCUGCUUCAAGUACCACCAGCGUUACACCACGUGCCACAUAAUAAUCACCCCACCGGACCAAUCAGAACCCGUCUUAUUGGACUGUGAUAUUUUCCUGAACUUCUCAACCGAUCAGGAAUCACCGCUGAUACUAAUGAACCAAUCAAAGCCUAUUUCUGAAGUAUACUAUCUCAUUCAGCUUUAAGUUUUUUUUAAGUCAAUAAACUUUGAUGUGGCUAAAAUUG